AUGAGAGCCCUCAUCUAUAACAUUAGGGGCUUCGGCGAGCAGGGUCGCCGUACGCAGCUCAAGAACUACCUGCGCCUUAAUCACUGCGACAUCAUCGGUCUCCAGGAGACUAUCAAGGCCGAUUUCUCCACCGCCGAGCUUCGUAGCCUGGAGUUUGGCAGCCAAUAUGUCUGGAAUUGGGUCCCGGCAGACGGUCAUUCGGGAGGAAUGCUCCUUGGAUUCAAUGAUGAUGCUUUCGAGGUGGGGGCCUGGAAGAGCGGCUCCUUCUUCUUGUCCGCCCCGGUGUUUCAGCGCAACAACCGGCUCCGGUGGUCCUUCUUCCUUGUCUAUGGGCCGGCCGACCACCGCCGCACGGACGAGUUCCUGGGGGAGCUCAUCCAAGCUGUUAACGCCUCGCCUUACCCGGUGGUGGUGGGGGGCGACUUCAACUUAAUCCGAUGUGGCGCGGACAAAAACAAUGGGAACAUCCACAGGGCUAGGAUGCUUCAGUUCAACGAGGCCAUUGACACUAUGGCUCUCAGAGAGCUGGAUUGA